UCCCUCUUUUCCUUACUCCGCCUCAUCCUUUCCUCCCUUUAACACCCCGAAACUCCACAACAGCCAUAAAAACUGUUUGCUGCCGGCUCUGGGUUUAAUUUGCUCUCUCAGACGGACAGCACUGCAGCUCCUGUUGGACCAAUUAACGGGCCCGUCUGUGCGCUGCCCCGCUGAGCGUGUUUUCCUGGGCGGCCUCUGCAGCUCACUCUGCCAGGACAGACAGUACAGGAGAACUAUAUCAAGUUUAAAAUGGGGUCGUCUCGGGCUCUUGCCUGCUCCAUCGCUUUUGUGUUGAUUUUACUGAGCUCAGCAUCCAAGGAUGAACAAGUCCCUGAGCAGCGUGAUGUCACCUUUGACUUUGACAAAAUCAUGCAAGAGAUACAAGACCCAGAUUUAUUCAUGCAGAAAGAGGUGGACUUGUCAGAUAUCUUGGAUCCCAAGGAGUUCCCCGCAGUGCAGAUGAUGUCUCCUGCACAACAGUACGAUACCAUGAGUGAGACAGGGAGUUACACACCAGUCCUGAAACCUAGAGGACGUCAACGUUUCAGUCCCCGUUCUUUUGGUGGUCCUCCACAGGAGUAUCCUGUUCAGUUCCCCCUUGCCCGGCCAUCCUCUGACAAUCUCCAAGCAAUCUGUCUCAAUGGAGAUCGUCGGCCCCGCUACCCACAAUCUUACUUUCCUCCCUCAUAUUUUAGCAAGCAGAGACGAGAGGGCAGUGCUGUCAAUGAAGCAGAGUCUUGGUUUAGUACAUGCUGCAAAGGGAAUGAGACGUGGGGGUUAGAAGCGACGCUGUGUUGUGCUACACAGGCGUGGGAGUUGUCGGUCCAUAACUUCUGUGAGGCGGACGCAUCAGUGAAGGAUCGUCUUUAUGAGUGCUGCAGAAAAAGAGACAAUGCCAGGCUAAACUGCUUCCACAACGAUUCUCCAAAUCCAAACUAUGAAGCAACAGAGGAGCUGCCGGUGCCACCGCUUCCCAAUAUUUCCACCUUCAGCUUUGACCCCAGCACCUGCCAGAGGACAGUGGUGACUCCGUCUAAUAUCAGAGGAUACAGAAGAAGGCAGAACCCAACUACUUCCAAAAAAAUUGACAUCAACUUUCCCCUUGGACGACCCACAGCUGACACUAUUGAAUCACUGUGCAGCAACCAGAAGCUUCGUCCCCUCUAUACUGUCAAGUGCCUGCCUGGUUCAGGCUAUGAAGGGCUGGGUCGUCAGGCAAAGACCAUUAAUCGUAUAGAAAAGGGAUUCAAACAGUGCUGCAAAAAGAAGCAGGGUGUGCUCGACUGUGCAGAGCAAAAGUGGCAGGCAGAGCUCAAUAGGUUUUGCACGGUUGAGCUCGCUCAACAGGGGGAUUUCCAAUGUUGUUCCAUGUUUGAUGAGGAUCGAUACAACUGUUUCCAAAACACUUCUCCUCAUCCACACUAUAAUGUGACUUCCGACACUGAAGAGCUCUCACUUAACAAAAUAUGUGACACUCACAAGAUCAUCAAGAAGAAGUUCUCUGUUGGUUUGCCUGUGAAGGCCUUUGUGAAUCAAUGCUGCCCCCUGUCUGAACAAGAGAAGACCAGUUGUUUGACGCAAAGGGUUAGGGAAACGUCAGAGAAGCUUUGUUUAUCAAAGAAGGCUUCUGCUCCAGCUUUCCGCCGCUGUUGCAAGUCACGAGAGACUCCACAGUGUCUCUCCAAAAUUCUCAUGGAUGCUGUCACCAAAGCAAGCAAUGUCCAAAAGAAGAAGAAAAAGUGCCCUCUUUCCUAAACUGUUAUGAGCUUUUGCUGCUGACCCUACUGGCACUGGGCCAUUCAGGGAAAGGGCAAACUAGCAGCAGAAGUGACCUCCAGUCACUGAACAAUUGUUCCGGGCACAAAUCCUACUAAAAUCUUGACCAAAUUCUAGCUUCAUCUACUGCCAGUGUUAUUUGCAUAUUUUCAGUUGAGAUCACGUUGUCACAAGAAUACUUUUAUAAUGGAACAAAAAUAUUGUUAAAUGCUUAGUUUGUAAAACAGACUGUUGUCUGUCACUGUACCACUAUUUGUUAUAAGCUGCUCUCUACAUAGUUGAUUUUUUUUAAAUUUCUUUGGAGCUGCAAGAUCAUUUAUCUUCUUUUUAUAUGGGUUUGUAGUUAAGAUCAUAUCUACAUCA